CUGACUUCCGCCGCCCGGCUGGGAACACGUGACCGGAAGGGCGUCGCCUCUGGGGAACGGUGACCGGGCUGAGGGCGGGGUGCGCGCGAGGCGUCCGACCCGGAACUGCCGCCGACCCCGGUCUCCGAGACGCGUCCUCUCGAGCGCGCCCGGCAGGAGGGGACGAGCAUGGCCUCCGCCAAGCAGCUCGCGGACUUUGGGUAUAAGGCCUUCUCCGGCUCCAUGAUGCUUCUGACCGUCUACGGGGGCUAUCUCUGCAGCGCCAGGGUUUACCGCUACUUCCAGCGCCAGAAAGCCCUGAAGCCGCCUGAACAGAACCAGCUACAGACAGGGGUCGUUGAGGACUGAGUCCUGCUCUCUGGCCGGCUGCAUGGCCAGAGGCUAGGUUGAGAUUACGCCUGCUGCAGUAAUCAGGUAGCACGUGCAACCCUUCCCGAUCACAAAUGAGGGCUAGCUUAGAUCACUUGGGGUUUUCCUCAGGCACACGACCGUGUCUUGAGUUUUUCUGCACUCGUGAGACGUUACAAAGUAACUCUGUGUAAGCAUCGGUUUUGAUCACGUGAUUAAAUAUUUUACUUAUUUC